AUGGUACCACAUUACCUGCUUGUUUUGACCUUGGCAGUAGCCGUCAGCGCACGGACGGCAUCAACAAAUCAAAACAAAGUUGAACAAGCCAGAAGUUCGGAGGACACUGUUUUAGGAGAUUUAAAAAUCGCUUACGACACAUACAAAGACUGCAGUGGCAGCGAUAUCACUCACUGUCUUAAACUAAAGCUGGCAAAGGCAUUGAACAGGAUAUCUAAAAGCGACGAAAUCGACCUCUUAGGUGGAGUGACUAUCACCAAAAAUAAAGAUGCAGUCCAAAAAGUGGAAUAUGAAGAAGCGAUUCCGAGAGGUCUUGACGAGAGCUCAUUGGACAGCCUCAUCUUUGACAAAAUCGUUGGAUUCAUGCAAACUCAUACAGUCCAGGUCAAGUUCCCGAGCGGCUCAGACUUGCAACGCGCGUUUGCUGAAGAUCGUGCCAGAAGGAAGAAGUUGGCCCCGCUCCUCGCUAUCCCCCUUCUAAUCGGGGGUAUGAUGGUUCCAUUGGCCUUCGGAGCUCUGGCACUUUUAGCUGGAAAGGCUCUGAUUGUGUCCAAACUGGCGCUGGUGCUUGCCGGUAUCAUUGGUCUGAAGAAACUCCUCUCAUCGAACGGCACCGGUGAAGCCCAUGAAGUAGUUGUUUCAGCUGGCCAUGGAGGAGCUGGGUGGAGCAGGUCCCUCGAAAACGCCCAAGACCUUGCAUACAACGCUUACACCCAAUAA